GUGUGACAGAGCACUGAUGUAAUGGCUGCAGGCUGGGGGCAGAGAGCCAAGUUCCAAGCAGAAAUUACUUGUGACAGCUGUGGGAAACAGACAUCUUCUUCCGCAUUGGGCACGUUGGUCUACGGAGGAUCCCCAGGGAUGGUCUACAAAUUACAGUAUUGUACUCUCAUACAGGUGUGACAGUACAGCGGUGAAGCAGGCUCUUUGGGGAUGAAGCAUCUGGAGCAGAAGAAAGGAGAGCUUCGAAGAGAUUCUCAGAAGACUGAAACAUUCCUGCCAAUAAUAGGAAUUUACAUUGAAGACUGCAAUAAAUGAGAUCCCCUUCCACAAGGACUAGAUUCUUUCCACAGAGCCUCUCUAUAACCCAGAUGAUAAUGAACAAAGAUAAGAAUCAGAUGUCUGAGAGGAUCUUGGAUCUCACCCUGGAGAUCAUCUUCCUGCUGACCGGAGAGGAUUACAUUGUUGUGAAGAAGGCUGUUGAGGGUGUCUCUCACAAUACCAGAAGCAAUAUCUCAGAAGGAUGGUGCAGGACCCAGAGCCACAGCACGGUGCUUCCACCACACACGCUGAUACACGAGAGGAACGAUGACAAGAAGAUCCUGGAACUGACACUAAAGAUCAUCCAGCUGCUGACUGGAGAGGUUCCUAUCAAGUAUGAGAAUGGCACCAUUUAUUUCUCCAUGGAGAAGUGGGAGUAUUUAGAAGGGCACAAAGACCUAAGCAAAGACAUGAUGAUUGAGACUCCGCAACCCCACUGCUCAACAGGUAAAUCUGGAGAAUUUCAACCCUCUGUGUCAUUGCCUGAAUUUGAAACCACAGAUGAAACGGAGAAGAAAAUCAAUAAAGAAGGAAUGUAUCUGAAGAUAAACAAACCAAGAAAACGACAGGCAAAAUCUGUAAUGUACGUGUCACAGGAAUCUGAGGGAUCUGCAUCAUGCAGACAAGGAAAUCUUACAGACAGUGACACAUCCACAGAAGAUACACACGCAGAAAAUACAUCGACUCAUAUUAAGGGGGAGUCUGCCUCACGUGACGCUAGUUAUACAACAAGAGAAUGUUGCAUUAAGAAUGAAUCAACUAUGUGUGAAGAAAGAAAUCUCAAAGACCCCGAUGUCUGUACUCCCAAAGAGAAUACAGAGUCAGAAUAUGAAACUACUCUUACUAAAGAGGACGCGGCCUUGUGUAAAGAUAGAAACUUCACAGACACUGACAUUUAUACACCUACAGAACAGACUCAAUAUACAUAUAUUAAGGAGGAUUCUGCCUCCUGUGAAGAUGAAAAUAUCACAGAUACUGACAGUUCUACACCCACAGAACAUACACAGACAGACUAUACAUCUUUUCAUAUUAAGGAGGAGUCAGACUCAUGUGACGAAGAUAACAUAACAGACAAUGAAUGUUAUACUCCCGCAGCACAUACACAGACGGAAUUUACAUCUACUCCUAUUGAAAGUUAUUUGAAAAGCAAUAAAAAUACACUAGAAAUCACUUCUAGUAUGUCCUUAAUUGAAUCUGGAAAACCUGUUGAAACUCCUGGUCGUAAACCAGGUAAAGAAAAAGUAAGCAACACGGAGGCAGUAUAUAAUUGUUCUGAGUGUUCUAAAAGUUUUAAGAAUAAUUCAGAGCUUACGAAACACCAGUCCACUCAUAAAAGACACAAAAUGAUUUCUUCUGAAACAGGGGAAGUCUAUUAUUCAGAGUCCAGUAUUGUGUUACAUGAGUCACAUCGUAAAGGAGAGAAACAGUUUGCGUGCACUGAAUGCGGGAAAAGCUUUACCCAGAAAUCUAAUCUUGUUGUUCAUCAGAUGAUUCAUACAGGAGAGCAGCCGUUCUCAUGUACGGACUGUGGUAAGUGUUUCAGGCGGGCUGCUCAUCUUACUUCACAUAAAAGGAGUCACACAGGAGAAAAACCAUUUGCAUGCAAUGAAUGUGGGAAGUGUUUUGCACAUAGUUCCUCUCUCGUUACACAUCAAAGACUUCACAAAGGAGAAAAACCCUUCCGUUGUGCUGACUGUGGUAAAUGUUUUAGUCAGGCUCCUCAUUUAAUCAUACAUCGAAGGAUUCACACUGGUGAGAGGCCAUUCUCAUGCUCUGAAUGUGGGAAAUGUUUUAUUAAUCGCUCAAAUCUCGUUGCGCAUCAAAAAAUUCAUGUGGAGAAACCACCCCCAUGUUCUGAAUGUGGGCAAUGUGUUAAACGGAGUGCUUCUACCGCACACAAAAAGACUCAUAAAAGCGAGAAUCAAACCCCAUGUCAUAAAUGAACACCAGUCUUGAGAGAGA